AUGUUCGGGCUAGUUAAAGCUGGGGGGCGCGGGGCGCUGGGGUGCAGACUGCAGCACAAGUACAGCACGGAGUCGCAACCACAGCACACAACUCAGUCGGAAUCGUGCCUCAGCUUGGGCGGCUGCAGACGGUCGUGCUCGCAAUGCGCUCACUUUUCUCGGACGCCGCCAGUACACGUCCGCACGCUGUUUUGGUGCUUGCUGUCGCUCCGAUGUGAUCGACUUGUGCUCGCAGCCGACAACCCAUACUACAUGGAUUUUAUCAUCCUCAAGGUCAAUGGGACUGACGUAAGCAGCUUCCCACACGAAGAUGCAGUUAGGGCAUUCCUCACCGCACAAGAACCCAUUGUUGUUGAAGUUAAAAGAAGAAUAUCGGAGUCGCCAUCCGAAAGAAGUCCUACUAGUAAACUGAUCUCAACAGGUUGCCAAACGGAACUUUCCGGCUUGACGUGGCUCGAAGAUAACUCGCUGGACUGUUUGACACAUGAUAUAGACUUGGAGGAAGUGACGUUACGAAAAUGUAGCAGCGACGAGAAGCUGGGACUAACAGUUUGCUACAGCUCCGGCUCCGAAGCCGACACUUGCACGGAAGUGUAUAUUAGAGAUAUAGCACCCCAAAGUGUCGCCGACAGGGAUGGCAGAUUACGGCAAGGUGAUCAAAUUUUACAAGUCAACGGAAAAGACGUCGCUAAUAAAGAAGAAACUGAAUCCCUGUUCGCCGAGAACAAGAAAGCUGUGACUUUAUUGGUUAGCAGAUGCUAUAAUAGGAGCGAGGAAUAUUUGGAUGCUGAACCCAUCGACGCUAUAUCUCCCGGAGGGCGCAGCGCGGCUUACCAGAACAGCUUGAUAGAACAAUUAGUACAACAACAGACCGAAUCUCAGCAUUCCCCUCGAAACGAUGCGGCUCCCAAAGUUCCUCCACAUUUCAUCCAAGAGCGACUCAAUCUCACCAAUAGUCUAGUACGUUCCAAAAUGGAUUCCAUUAACCACGAAAUAUCGGAACUCGACCAUCGAAUGCAGAACAUCCAGUUAGUCAAGAUCGAUAAGAGGAAACCCCCGCAGUUACCGCACAUACCGGCUCCGCCCGAGUCAGACACUGAACACAUCUACGAGACCAUCCCCGAGUCCGUCGACUCAGAAAUGGAACCCAUUUACUCUUGCCCUUACGAGGCAGAAGAGCACAACAUGAUCGAACAGUGGCUGAAGGCGCAAGAGCAGGGCUGGAACUCUCAAAGCAAGGAAGCCGCCGCCAAAGAGAACAAAAAACAGCGAUGUAAGUCAUCAAAAAGUAACAGCAGUGGUGAGGAACAUGAGAAUAGUUCGAGUGCUUACAACACCGGUGGUUCUUGUAAUAGUAAUCCUUUAACUUUCGAGCUAGCGUGUAGUCAGGAUUCGAAGCAGAAGGAUACCUACAGAUCGACGCUUAUUUUGUGUCCUCCGCCGGAGAAAGAAGACGUUCCCAAAGACAAAGAGCAAGUGGAGACUUGCGACGCGUGCAAACAACAAGCUAGUUCCAAGAAGAAGACUAAAGCGGUAGCGAAAACUAACAGUCCGUCGUCACCUACUACUAGGUUGGGGGCGGGCAUCACUCCCGCCCACAUUCUUUCGGAUACCAUGUACACAAACGUAGCCAACUUGCAGCAAACCAUGCUUUUGCAACAGCAGCUUUUCAGACAAGCUUUAGUCCAGAAUACGAUCGAUGUAGCGGCGAAACCCACCACGAGUUUCACUUCACCUAGUCUAAGUCAGUAUCAGUUUGUGAGCGGCUCACAGACUUAUACAACGCAACCAGAAACCGCUACUUUAGAAACCCGAAUGGAAUGGAAAGUCAAACGCAGGCCAGACGGUACUAGAUACAUCGCGCGGCGACCAGUCAGAAACAGGAUCUUGAAGAAUCGAGCUCUGAAAAUCUCUGAAGAAAGAGCUGGAUUGACGACUGAAGACGACACCAUUUCUGAGCUAAAGAUCGGGCGGUACUGGACAAAGGAAGAGCGCAAGAAGCAUCUAGAGAAAUCCAAAGAGAGGAAGCAGAGGCAGGAGAUUUUGAUGGCGUCGAGGAACAUCGAAGAGAAUGGCGAACUGGUGGUACACAAGCCUGUGGAGAAGGUUCAUUCUUUUUCGUCGAAGAAGGCAGCGAAUAAUCUUGAUAACACGGUGAAGAAGCAUAAGAGUAAAAGGGUGCAUAAGGAAGGAUAUGAUAAUUUUCCAACGGUGCAAGAAAUGAUCGUGCACGGACCCAAAGUCCCCACUUCCAACAGCAAGAUGAUGGGACUGUUGUCCGUGACAACUGUUUAAUUUAAUCGUUUAUGGAGCUUGCUUUGUAUCCACUUAUUGCUUUCCUUAGGCAAUUUUAAGCUAAUUCCAAUUUUCAAAUAUUUACCAAAUACAUGAGUGAAUCGAUUUGAUGAUUUUUAUGUGAGAAAUUUGUUGCCUAUAGUAUCCCAAUGUGAUGUUUCUAAGUUAGUGUACAUAUCAGAUAAAUUACUAUAAAUAUAUUUCAUAAUUAUUACCUAUUUAGAUGUUUAGAAUGUUUAAAUACGUGUGUGUAAAUAAAUAUUAUAAUA